ACAGUGAAAACUAUAAACCGGAGGCCAGGCGAACAAAACCAGAAAGAAAAAAAAAAACAUACAAAGAAAAACGUGUACACAUUUUCUCGCUUGAUUAUUUCUUUCUUCUUCUCUUUUUGAUCUCAUCAUCAUCAUCUUCCAAUAAAGCCUUAUCAAGGAACUCAUUUUAUGCAGAGCAACAGUUGCAUUCAAGACCUUGCUGCUUUCCAAGUUUCCAUACCUUGUAACACAACUUGGUGAGGACUGUUAAAGAGAAACAUUUGUCAACAAGUAUUGUGUCAUAGCAAUAGGGAAUGGUUAUUCAGUCCAGUAUCGAUGGAAGGCAAUACUGGAAAUUUCCUCUCCAACGAGAAGCAAUCAUUAGAGGUUUCUACAUCUGACAAUGAAGUAAAAAUGCCUACAGAAAACAGUGGAAGCACUUCUGUAUUUGUCAAUCAUGCUGCAAUUGCUUGGCAACAAAAUAGAAAAGAAUGGAUUGGUGAUCAAAGUCAAAGGUCAAAAAGAAUACAGAAGGAUCCAAUUAUAAGCUGGUCGACAACUUAUGAGGAUUUGCUCUCUACUUAUGAGCCUUUUUCGGAGCCCAUUCCAUUAACUUUUGCAGGAGCUGGUAGAUUUUUUAGUUGACAUUUGGCUUGACGAUGGCCUCUAUGAUUUAGAUAAUCAGUGAUAAAAUACCAAUUAUGACCUCUAAACGCCGCAGAUUAUCAGUUGACAUUCUGUUCUUUUAGCCAAUUUCUUCUAUUUCUUGAUAAUGUAAAACAUGGAAAAGGGGUUGGAGGAUGUUCUUCAGUAUAACCACAGAAUAAUUAGUGGUAAUGUGAUUGUUUGUCGAUGCAGAUUUUUAGGGAUCAACAAGCAGGGGCAUUAGUUUGUAGCUAUUAUUUGUACCAAAACCAUAAUGUAUUUUUAUUCACUAUUUUAUGAUGUUAAUGCGAGGCGUUGAUAGUAAAAUUAUAAACCGAAUGACGGAUUAGCGUA